CCGGGGCUCCCGAAAGCUCGCGUUCGUUCUGAGGCGGCUCGCACUGUUGGUCCUCAGGGGUUCCGUUUACCUGAGGGACCCGCGGCCGCUCCGGGCCGGCGCUGCAGCCCCCUUGGAGCCCGGCCCCGAGGUGUGAGGUGAGCGACGAGGCGUGCGGCUCCCGGUCCGGCUUAGCUGGAAAAGGGCGCGGGCAGUGUGGGGAAUGAGGAGGUGCCGCCGCGGCUGCUCGCUUCUCUGCCUAACCCUGUGCUGAGGAGCCACCAGCAGCUCCGGCACCUCCUCCUUGAGGAUCGUUAUUCUCGUCGCGGCCAAAACAAAAGCCUUCGGCGCCAGGCUGUGGCGGUGUGUCGGAGGGGGUUCCUUGGGCUCCACGGCGGGCCGAAGGGGUGCGGAGGAGCCGAGUUUGGGGUGCGGGCUGAGUUCAUUGUUGGUGUACGGAAACACAACUGAUUUUUGUAUAUUGACUUUGUAUCCUGCAACUUUACUGAACUCAUCAAAGACUUUAAUAUCAAGUCUACAAUAUUUUGAGAGGAAAUCACUGAUAUCUCCCAUUAAAAAAAUACUUUUCAGAUAUUUCAAUCAAAGGAAGAAAUAGCUCUUCUCCUAAGAUGGAAUCUGUUGUUUGGGAAUGUGGUUGAUCAACUUGAUAUGUUGGCCAAAUGUGCCCUAUGUAAUAAAAUGAAAAGAAGAGACAAGAUGAUGUCAUUUUCCCAUAUUGUGAAACCAAAAACAAAUGCCUUUUGUGAGACCAAGCUAACAAACCUCUGACGGUGCAAAGAGUAUUUAACUGUUUGAAGAACUUAACAGUAAGAUACAGAAGAAAUAUUUUCAAGCUGAGACCUGCAGGUGUAUAAAGAUCUAAAAUACGUAUUGAGUAGGCCUGAUCAUCCAAAUCUCCUUCAGAUCCAGGAAGGAUGGCUAUGAGUUGGAUUGUCUUCUACUUUUGGCCCUUGACUGUGUUUGUGGGACAUAUAGGUGGGCACAGUUUGUUUUCUUGUGAACCCAUUACCUUGAGGAUGUGCCAAGAUUUGCCUUAUAAUACUACCUUCAUGCCUAAUCUUCUGAAUCACUAUGACCAACAGACAGCAGCUUUAGCAAUGGAGCCAUUCCACCCAAUGGUGAAUCUGGAUUGUUCUCGGGAUUUUCGGCCAUUUCUUUGUGCACUCUAUGCUCCUAUUUGUAUGGAAUAUGGACGUGUCACACUUCCCUGUCGUAGGCUGUGUCAGCGGGCUUACAGUGAGUGUUCGGAGCUCAUGGAGAUGUUUGGUGUUCCUUGGCCUGAAGAUAUGGAAUGCAGUAGGUUCCCAGAUUGUGAUGAGCCAUAUCCUCGACUUGUGGAUCUGAAUUUAGCUGGUGAUCCUACUGAAGGAGUUCCAGUGGCAGUGCAGAGGGACUAUGGUUUUUGGUGUCCUCGAGAGUUGAAAAUUGAUCCUGAUCUUGGUUAUUCUUUUUUACACGUGCGUGAUUGUUCACCUCCUUGUCCAAAUAUGUACUUUAGGAGAGAAGAACUUUCAUUUGCUCGAUACUUCAUAGGAUUGAUUUCAAUCAUUUGCCUCUCUGCCACGUUGUUUACUUUUUUAACUUUUUUGAUUGAUGUCACAAGAUUCCGUUAUCCCGAAAGACCUAUUAUAUUUUAUGCAGUCUGCUACAUGAUGGUAUCAUUAAUUUUCUUCAUUGGGUUUUUGCUUGAGGACCGCGUAGCCUGCAAUGCAUCUAGCCCUGCACAGUAUAAGGCUUCCACAGUGACACAAGGAUCUCAUAAUAAAGCCUGUACCAUGCUUUUUAUGGUACUCUAUUUUUUUACUAUGGCUGGCAGUGUUUGGUGGGUAAUUCUUACCAUCACAUGGUUCUUGGCAGCUGUGCCAAAGUGGGGUAGUGAAGCUAUUGAGAAGAAAGCCUUGCUAUUUCACGCCAGUGCAUGGGGCAUCCCCGGAACUCUAACUAUCAUCCUUUUAGCGAUGAAUAAAAUUGAAGGUGACAAUAUCAGUGGCGUGUGUUUUGUUGGCCUCUACGAUGUUGAUGCAUUGAGAUAUUUUGUUCUUGCUCCCCUCUGCCUGUAUGUGGUAGUUGGAGUUUCUCUCCUUUUAGCUGGCAUUAUAUCCCUAAACAGAGUUCGAAUUGAAAUUCCAUUAGAAAAGGAGAACCAAGAUAAGUUGGUGAAGUUUAUGAUCCGGAUUGGUGUUUUCAGCAUUCUUUAUCUCGUACCACUCUUGGUUGUAAUUGGAUGCUACUUUUAUGAGCAAGCCUACCGUGGCAUCUGGGAAACAACAUGGAUACAAGAACGCUGCAGAGAAUAUCACAUUCCAUGUCCAUAUCAGGUUACUCAAAUGAGUCGUCCAGACCUGAUUCUCUUUCUGAUGAAAUACCUGAUGGCUCUCAUAGUUGGUAUUCCCUCCAUUUUUUGGGUUGGAAGCAAAAAGACAUGCUUUGAAUGGGCCAGUUUUUUUCACGGUCGUAGGAAAAAAGAGGUAGUGAAUGAGAGCCGACAGGUACUACAGGAACCUGAUUUUGCUCAGUCUCUUCUGAGGGAUCCAAAUACUCCUAUUAUAAGAAAAUCAAGAGGAACUUCCACUCAAGGAACAUCCACACAUGCAUCUUCAACUCAGCUUGCUAUGGUGGAUGAUCAGAGAAGCAAAGCAGGUAGUGUCCACAGCAAAGUAAGCAGCUACCACGGCAGUCUCCACAGAUCCCGUGAUGGCAGGUAUACUCCCUGCAGUUACAGAGGAAUGGAAGAGAGACUACCUCACGGCAGCAUGUCACGACUGACGGAUCACUCCAGGCACAGCAGUUCUCAUCGGCUCAAUGAACAGUCACGACACAGCAGCAUCAGAGACCUCAGUAAUAAUCCUAUGACUCACAUCACACAUGGUACCAGCAUGAAUCGGGUUAUUGAAGAAGAUGGAACCAGUGCUUAAAUUGUCCGAAGGUGGAAAACGUGUGCUAUUUAAAAAGCAGAUUUUAGUCUUUGCCUUUGCAUGACUGAUUGCUGUAACUCACUGUUAUCAUGCUUUCAGUCAGGUGCAGAUUGUGUCCAUUGGAAAAGUAAAUUUAUGCUUUUUAUAUUGCAUCAAACUUGGAAUGUCAAGGCAUCAAAAAUGCUAAUAAUUAUAUCACAUAAAUAAUUCUUAUUUCUAGGUUAUGAAGAGAGAAUUAUUUGUCUGGUAAGCAUUUUUAUAAGCCCACUUAUUUUAUAUUUAGAAGAACCCUAAAUGUGUGGUGACUGCUUUGUAGUGAACUUUCAUAUGAUAUCAGCUAGUUGUGAGAUAACAUUCUGGUAGUUGUAUUAAUAAAACAAAAUUUCAGAAUUAAGGAAAUUUUCUAUGCAAGGUUUGUUUCUCAGAUGAAUAGUUGGACUUUGUAGUUUUCUUUCCACUAAGUGAACUAUGUUUUUAAACUGUAGGAGAAUUUGAUAAAUUAGCAAGGGUAUUUUAGCUAACAGGAUAUAAGAUCAGCAGAAGAAUCCAAAUAGUCUACUGAAGGCUCUUUAAAAAUUCUAUCAAUAUAAUCUUCAUCCAGAGACAUACAGGAUUAGGAUUAGCAAUGGAAUAAAAGGCAGAGAUGGACAUUUUUUCUCUAUAAUUGUGCUGUCUUUAUUACUUUUGUAAAUAUUACUUUUACUGGCUGUGUUUUUAUAACUUAACCAUAUGCAUGGUGGAAGAAGUUUAAUUUAUAGCCAUCUUUUCCCAUGUAGUAGUAUUGAUUCACAGAGAACUUCGUGUUCAGAUCUGUUUCAUGGAGGCAUGUAAUAAGACAAGCAUCACACAUUAUAAACUUUUUUGUGGGAACCACAAUUACAAAAUGACAAAAUGUUUUCUGUGUAUUCAUUGUUGUAUUUUUCUACAGUGAGAUGUGAUCUUGCCAAAGCCACCAGAUCUUGGUAUCCAGGCCCCUCCUGUCAGUGACUUGAUUGUCUGCAUUUGCAUUGCCCAGUAGCCACUAGGCUACAGCUUUUUGCCCCAUAUUCUUGUUUUCAGAUUCUGGAUCAUCUUUUUUUUUUUUUUUUUUUUUUUUUUUUUUUUUUACAGUUGAAAUAUAUAUAACCUAAGUCCAAAGUGGUGAUUGAGGUAUUUGAAAUCAUUGUAACUAAAUGAAGCAUGAUUAGUCUUGCUGUGAAGUAUAAUCUUUUAGUCUUACCAAUAUCAAUUCAAAAAUGUCUGACAUUUUGUCGUGUACUGUUUAAAUAAUUUACAAUAAAAACUGCAAACUUUAUUAGGCAUGAAAUUGAUCAGAAGGGAGAAAAAUUGUGGAAAAUGCCGGAUGUGUUUUAUAGAGAAGCACAUUUAGACACGUGGUCCUCAGCCCUGACUAUAGAUGAGAAUCACUUGCGGCUCCUCUGAUGCUCAACACCUCCCUCUCAUUCAGAGGAGAAUCGGUAGUUUGUUUUUUUGAAGAAGCUUUCUAGGUGAUUCUAAUCUGCAGCCAGGCUGCAGGCUGUUUCAAACUAACUUGCCCCCUGAUAAUGAGCUGAUGUCGUCGUAUUAUAUCACAUAAAUAUCUAGCUGGACUCAAUGUUGUAUUUUUGUAUCAUUACCUGAUAUACAAUUGUUCUUCACUUUAUUGUCCAUUAUAAAAUGUGGAAUUUGGGGCCCGACUCCUAAAGAUUCUUAUUCAGUAAGUCAAAGGUGGUAGGACUUUAAAGACUGUAGUUCUAAAAAUACUACAGGUGAUUCUUAAUGCAGGUAAUCCAAGAAUCACACUUUGGAAAAUAUUCCAAGACUCUAGAGAGGCCUGGCUUUGCCAUAUGCCAGUUUUGUCACCUUUAGCAAGUAAACUUCUCUGAGCCUCAGUUCCCUUGUUUAUAAAUGAAGAUAGAAGAUAAGUACCUACCUCACAAAGCUGUCCAAUGGAGAUCACAUGAAAAAUCAUAUGAAAGCCCUUUGAAAACUGUAAAGCAUUAUGAAAUAUAAGGGAUUAAGAUGAGUAAGGAUUUAAGAGAUUUGUUUGAGGGCUCUAAACUAUAGUACAUUCCUUGACAUGUGUUUAAUUCAUUUGUACUUUUUUCCUCUCCUUUAAAAUAAAAAAUACCAGGAAAUUAGGUGUUAGGAAAAAAAGGCUUUCAUCAAGUACAAAAAUCAGUUUUCUGAUAAUAAUUUGUCUAUCAUAUUUUUUCAAAGUACAUAUAUCUUAUUGUUUAUGAUUAACUCCUUAUAGAACAUAUUUGAACAGUUAGCCCCAAAGGAUUUUUCUUUUUCCUCUGUCUUCCUUGUCUUUCUCCUUGGAACUGGAGUUACUACUGGAUAAGCAGAGUCUGAAUUCCCUCAUAACUGACAAUUAGUAAACCUUUCCUCUGAAGGCCAAACUUACAACAACUCAUUUAUACAAUAACUCCGUCAUUCAUAUGCUUUUUUUCUGAGAAUCUCUCCUGAGAACAGCAUGAGAGGACCAAAACAAACAUUCGGAAACAAAAAUAAGUUAAAAUAGAAGGUGCCAGUUUGAGCUCCAAGAUGUUGUCAUCCAUUGCCAUCUGCAUUAUAUUAUCAAUUGCCAAAAUGUUAAUUGAUUUUCUUGUACAAGUAGGCCAAGUGUAGACAGUUAAGUGCACAUCCCUAUGAAAAUCUUAACUUUGUGCUCCCUGUUUUUUAGAUAUUCAUUUUAUCUUUUUUGUUAAACUCACUGUUGGCGUAUAUGUAAAUGCUAUGUUGACCUUUCAGUUACUUUCAGUAUCUUAAUUUUGCUCCACAAAAUUUACUUAAUAUCAUCAAUGCAUUGUUUUAGAUAACAGUAUUUAGUUUGGGUCAGGUUAUUUAUCAAACUGGUGCUUUAAAUUAAGAAUUUUUUUUCAAGAAACAGUUAAAGAACUAUGGCAAACCAUCAGUUUCAAAGUCUCAGUUCCCUUAAACCAACUGGAACAAGUUGGGACAGCUUUCUUACCAUAUGUUUAACUUUAAUUUGUGUUUUGAUUGGCAUGUGAUAAUGUUUAGUAUUUUAUUUGUACAGCUGACAACUGAGAAAAUAAUAGUUCUCUCUAAAAUGUUAAUAUAUAAUCAAGAGGCUUUCAAAAAGUAUUUCGAUUUCACCAAUACUGUUCAAUUUAUUCAAUAAUUAAAGCAAAAGAUAAUAAGUUCAAAACAAUAAUUGGUUUCAAACAACAUUUGAUUAAUAACAACUAGCAAAGGGCUUAAUACAUAUAGUAUGUUUUUCAAUAACUAUUUAUGAAUGAACUACUCACAUUAUAAAACUCACUUUUAGCCUUAGUAGUGAGAAUCUCACCUCAAAGGAAUUUGAAGGAUCUAAAUUUAAAUUGAGUGAAAUGAAGUCUCUGCUUUACCAGAAUAACAUGUGGCAAGUAAUAAAUACAUAACUUGCACAAGAAAUAUAUACACAAACUUGUACCAACAUUUCAUUAGUUUUAGAAGGUGAAUAGCAAUUCUUAAAAGUAUUUAAGCUCUUGCUGGUUUUAUGUGAAGUUAGAUCUUUGUAUACUAGUUGGGUAAAUGAAUAUUCAAGCAAACCUUUAUUAGUAAUGAUUUUCUGCUUCUUAGAGCUCAUGUAUGAAAAUUCUAAGAAACUCUUUAAACUAGAAAAAUGUACUACAAGUUUUAGCCUACCUCAUUAGUUUCUUUGUGAUAAGAGCUGGAUAUAACAAGUUGUAGCUAUCUUUAUAUCCACGUGAUAUAAAAGGAACUACUUAAAAAAAGUUUUUAGUGGAUCAUUGGCCAGAGCUUAGAAAACAAUAACAUACCAAAUUUCAUUAUGUUGAUAUACUGCUUUCGACAUGCCAAAGGUAUAUUUACAUAUUAUCAUUUGGAUGACUUACAUAGUCUUGUGCAGUGAAAAUUCCAUUAGGCUUGGGAUUCAGAGACCCAUAAUUACGAUGUGAGCAGGACAGGUCAUUUAGUCUCCCAUUUCUUCAGUAUAAAAUGAGGAUAAGGUUAUUUUUGGUCCCAAAACCUACCUCACUGGACUUUGGUUGUAAGGAUCAAAUGAGAUAACAUGUGUUAUCGUGCUCUGUAACCUGUAAAUUGCUCUACGGAUAUUAUUUGUUUUAGUUAGAAUUUAGGGGUUAUAGAAAACAAGGAUAUAGUCUUCAGUAGUAUUUAGCAGCAACAACAAAAUAGGAAAUUAGACCAGUAUUCAUUUGGUAUAAUCUUUGAAUCAACAAUCCAAUUAACCUUUUAAAAAUGAGGUUCUUUUUCAAGACUAGCUAUGCCCUUAAAUUGUGUUAGCUCUUUAGUAUAUGUAUACCAGAGUAUGCUCUCAAAUAUAUACAGUUAAAUUUGUAGGUCACUCUCAACAGAAAUUUGGGGAUCUCUAUUAUAUUUUUCUUUUGAUACGGAAUUAUAUAUUGACUUCAUUGAAACUUACAAGAAAAAUACAAAGAGGAGUGUAGGCCCUAUAACUUUUUUUUCUUUGAGGACUUUCAUGUGCCUAAUUCUUUCUGAUUAAUAACAAAUUUUAAAACGGUGAUAAUAGUAACUUGAUAUUCAUCAUGGCGAAACUUUAAAUUUUAAGUUGUAACAUUAUCUUAAUUGUAUGUUUAUAUAUAUAAUUUUUUAAACCUACAUAAAGUAAGGAUUUCUCCAUUCUUUUCCACACAUCAACACACAAAAGAGCAUUUUUAUGGAACUUAGAUUUACAAAGGAACUCACGAUUCUUCUAAACGUCUUUUAUGCUUUUUCUGAUGAAAAUAAGAAAAAGUAUUUGCAUUCAAUUCAUUUGUUUCCCAGUAGCUGCAUUUAUACAUUAUUCUUGUGUCAUUUCUAUUUUAUAUGAAAAGAAUUGCGUUGACAUCUCUUCAUAGUUUAGUUUUCUUUUUUUGUUCCAGUGAUGUGAGGGGGAAAGGAAUAGGAGGACUAAGCAACUCUUACCCUUCAUCUGUAUGCAGUCUCCUGGGAUUUUUUUCUAGUUUAAUUUUAAUCCUAUACUUCUUUAAUAGUCAUACUGAUAUAGGAUUAUAAUUUUCUCCCAAGGUCCAAAAUCUUCUAGGAAAGAAAAGGUUAUGGUCUACCUAAACUGGCCAUUUCUUGGACAUUCCUAUUUGGUUGAUUUGCAGAGAUUUAAUAUAAAUUAAUAAGAAUUGUUCCUAUUCUGUGAUCUCUAACUUUUUAGAAAAUAAAAUUUUGUUGCCAUAAAGAUAAAUGAGAGUAAAGUGUCACAUAUUUUAGUCAAAUCCCACACCAGUAUAUUACUUUCUACAAAAGAGAGUAGUUCAGUCUUUUUAAAUGCAUUAAAGAAUAGUUCCCUUCAGGUUAUUUUUUUAAAUGAUCAGUUACCUCAGAAAAUCUAUCGUGUCCUUUCUUGGACAUUUUCAUUGGUAUGCUAGCAUUGCUCUUAAUUUAUUCUCAUUUUAUUGGCUACUGUCACCAGUUUUCCCUGAUAAAUAAGUUUUUUACUUUGUAAUAAUUCAGAAUUUGAAGAUUCAGUGUUCCAUUAUUGUGGUAAUUACCAUUUACUAGUAACUUUAGUAUUUAUAAGACAGUGAUAUUUUUAAGUUUGUUAUUUUAUCACAUUUCCUGAAGUAGGGUGAACAUUGUUGUUUUUGUUAUAUAAGUCAGCUUGUUUAUAUUGCUAACUUUCAAAUACUUCCUUAAUUGUGUUAUGCUUAAAAGAAAAACUUUAGAGCUUCAUAAUUUCUGUUUUCUGAAUUGGCAGAUUUCUUUCCCUAAUGCUUAGUAAAAAUGCAUUAUGUUAUUUUUUUAAAUACCACAGAAUUUUGAGUCAGGAGACGUGACUUUUAGUAUUGCCUCUGUUUUCAAUGAGCUUUGUAACUUUGAAAUUUUACCUCUUGGGACCUCAGAUUUUUUCAUCUGUAAAUGAAAGAAACAAGGGGAUUAGAUUAGGUAGUGUUUCAGAUUCCACCUGCUUGUAAUUUUGUUGUCCUUUGACCAUUUUGUAAUCAUUAUUCUGACUUACUUUUAUUCUUGUUAUUCUUCCCAUGAACUAUAUUUACUAGAUCAGCCCGUAGUGUUAACAAAAUCUAUACUUAGAUUGUUAGGAUUCAGAUAUAUUUUUAACUUUGUUUUCCAGUUAUGAUUUUGAGUAAUUUUAAGGAGGCAAUUAUAUUACAGAUAAUAAAAGGUUAAAGAAAUAAAAGUGGAAGAAAGGUUACAAAUAAUUGACAUGACCUUUUUUUCCCAUAGGAAAAGUCUCCUAAAGCACCAACAUAAGCACCUUAAAACUGUUAUACAGGAGAAAAAUGACAUAAAAUUAUGUGGUCUUUGUUCUCUUAAAUAUGAAUAUAGGUAGUGAGCCUAAACUUUAAAGAAAAUGUAUUCAUGAUAAAAUUAGUGAACAAAGCAGUGAUAGCGCAGGCCCAUAUAGCUAAUUAAAAAGCUCUCAGGUUUUACCAACAUUAAAAUAAUUAUAAAAUGUAAAAGUAAUUUCAGAGGAGUAGAUUGAAAUAUUUCUGUUCAAUAAUUACUCUUAAAAUAUUCUUAGAUUCAUUGAAUAAGUGUAGUUGCCGGAUUGCCAUGAGCGAUGUCCUGCUCUAAAAUAUUAGAGAUAAAUGUGGUUAUUUUUAUUUUUUUUUCUGGCUCUGCAGAAGUUGUUUUCAUAAAGUCUUCUCCUUAACUAAUAAAAUGUAGAGAUUCCAUUAGCACAAUCUCUCAGCAGAGUUCUCUUGUAGAUUUAAUUGUGUUCUCUGAGAACCAGACCAAGGAGGUUCCUGUUACUUUUAAAGAUCAUUGUCUUUCUCUGAUUGUCUGCAUUAGCUCACAUCCACCUGUUGAACACAUUGGUCUAUAGAUUUAUAAUCUAGUUAGUGGAUUUGGGGUCUGAUGGGUAGAGAAGAAUAAUGGAAAGUUGAUGUAGGAAAAUGUACUGGUUUCUGGUGUGUUUUUUGGCUAUACUGGACUCCUGGUCUUUGGUCAGUUCACUGUAUCAGACACCUUUCCUGGCUUCCAGAAAUUAAUUUAGAUGACCAGCUUCUCUCAUUCAGGCACAGCUAUGUUACAAUAGUAUUUUGUAAUUGCCUGUAAAGAAAAAAAAAAUCUUUUACUUUCAGUUGUCUGGCUCUGCAUGUUUUGUUAAACUGCAUUUGUUAAACUUGAAUCUGAGGUCCGAACAUUUCAUUGAAGAUUUUCUGGGUUUUGAUAAUGGGAGAUUCUGUAAGAUAAAGCAGAUGAUCCUGGUGUGAUUUAAUUUAUAUUUAUCCAUCCACCAUUUUUCUAUUUCUCUAACUACUUCUCCCCUCCCCAGUUUUUGAAAAGAACUUUUAUAAUUGUCUUCCUUUACUCCCUUAGCCCUGCCUCAGAUAAUUUUUCCCUGAACUGCUCCUGUCAACAGAAACAUUUAAUAGUAAAUAAUUCUAUAUUUCUGGGAAAAGAUCAACACAGAAGUUCUUUACAUUGAACUGAGGUGAAUAUGUAUUUGAAAAUACUGUAUUUUCUUUAUAUGUGAACUCAAAAUUUUUUUUUUUAAUUAUAAAAUUAUUUUUUUUUAAGAUUUUUUUUUUUAUUAUUUA